AUGAGUUGGAUGUUCCUCAGAGACCUCCUAAGCGGAGUAAAUCAAUACUCAACUGGGAUUGGGCGAAUCUGGCUGGCUGUCGUGUUCAUCUUCCGUUUGCUGGUCUACAUGGUAGCAGCGGAGCAUGUGUGGAAAGAUGAGCAGAAAGAGUUUGAGUGCAACAUUAGACAGCCUGGCUGCGAAAAUGUGUGCUUUGACUACUUCUUCCCCGUAUCCCAAGUCAGACUUUGGGCCUUGCAGCUGAUCAUGGUCUCGACACCUUCGCUUCUGGUGGUUCUACACGUAGCCUAUCGUGAGGGUAGAGAGCAAAGGCACAGAAAGAAACUCUAUGCCAGCCCAGGUGUGAUGGACGGGGGCCUGUGGUACACCUACCUUUUCAGUCUCAUUGUUAAGAUCAGUUUUGAAAUUGGCUUUCUGGUUUUAUUCUAUAAGCUGUAUGGUGGCUUCAGUGUUCCCUACCUUGUGAAGUGUGCUUUGAAGCCUUGCCCCAACACUGUGGACUGCUUUAUCUCCAAGCCCACCGAGAAAUCCAUCUUCAUCCUCUUCUUGGUCCUAACCUCAUGCCUAUGCAUUCUGCUGAAUUGUACGGAGCUGAGCUUCCUGGUUUUCAAGAGCACUGUUAAGUGCUUUGUCCAACAACAUCCCAAACGAUUCAAGUCCUCAUUGUGUGAGUGCCACAACCUCAGAUAUGAUGACUGUGGGAGGAUCGGGGGCCCUCUCUUAUUCCGGAAUCUCAAUUCUGAUUCGACCAUAAGCCCAGUCCAACAAGCUGAAGCAAAGCUACUCUGUUUCACUAGAGCCAACGGGAUCCCUAAGGGCGGGCCGAGGGCUACAGAAUGCUCUGGGCAAGAUUCAAACUAA